UCUCCCUCAGUCCACACGCUCCAGGAGAGGGGAACUGGAAAGCCUGAAGCUGGCUGUGGGGACCUCUGGAGACUGGAGGUGAUCUUAGCCCUGAAUAGAAGCAGAGAGCUACCAUGUGCACAAGGAAGUGUUCGAGAUGCAUUGGGAUCACCCUGUUCCCACUGGCGGCAUGUGCCAUAGUCUCCAACAUCCUCCUGUACUUCCCCAACAGACGAGUUCUGCAGCUCAGUGAGAUAACCGACCUGGUCUGGUUUUUCCAUGGCAUUCUGGGAGCUGGGAUACUGGUUAUUUUGCCGGCAUUCAUGAUGCUGGGAGCAGGCAGAGCAGGAUGUUGCGCUAACAGAUGUGGGAUGCUGCUGUCAGUGGUCCUGGCUGUGCUGGGAUUCACAGGAGGAGUGUAUUGUGCGGUCAUCUCCUCACUGGGGCUGAUAGGGGGCCCUCUGUGCGACACAGGUGAUGGAGAAUACCUCUACCCUUUCAGGAAUGAUACUCUGGAAGACAAUUAUUUGUUCAACCAGACAAUGUGGAGCAUUUGCAAAGAACCUGAAAACAUUGUCCUUUGGAAUACCAUCCUUUUUUCUAUUCUCCUGGCCAUUGGUGUGAUUGAAGCUAUUCUUUGUUUUAUUCAACUCAUCAGUGGACUCACCAGCUUCAUAUGUGGCUCAUGUAUGAGGAAAAGAAAGACAAAUAUUUCUGGAAUGUGAAUGAUCUACAGGGAAUGCCAGGACAAGCCCCAAGCUUCCGAUUCAUACACAAUAAGGAUAGUGCGCUGUGCUGUAUUUAUGGGGCGAUGACAAAGAAAGCCCAAAAUGUUCAGGAGUUUCAUGAGGCAAAUGAAUAUUUUAUAAAGAAAUCAAAGUGGAAAAAGAUGAGAUCAUUUAGAUCUGAAACUCCAAAUUUUUCUCUCUAAAUAUUCCUACUAAAUCUCAGGUACUGGCAAAAACAGUACUCUGCUGGUCCUGACUGCUGUACUUGUGCAUAAAACACAAACGUCCCCAGAUCAAAGCUCACCACUUACCCCCUUGUGUAUAUGGGAAAUUGAACUGUUGUUAAUAUAUGCAUUUAUCAGCUGGUCAAAGCAGGGUCUCUCUGGCUGGAUGUAAAUAACCUCCCAUCCCCUCCAAAUACCACCUUGAUCUCACCUGUCUGUUCCUAUUAACUUGCUACCUAGGCACUGCCAGUUUUAAAUUAGUAUGUGUAGAGAGUUUAUCAAGCGGCAUUUGUGAUACUGCAGAGGCAACAGAAGCACACAGCUUUUCAGCCUCCCUCAACCACCCUGGAGCCAAAACCCCUUCUGCUCAUUUGGUAGCUUGCUAUCCUGUUCGACAAAGUCCAGCGCACUUUUACAUCAGUUCUUCAGGUGCAUCUGAGAGACAUCAUAGCCCUGGAGGGCCAUUUGGGUCAAUAUAGACAGUAGGGUUUGGAGCAAGAGUUCAACAAUGUCCAGUUUAACUAAAAGGAGAAAAACCUCAGCACCAGUUUUUCCCUCACAAGACUGCAUAUGAGUCUCACCAAUUUCCACACAGGUUUGCAGGGCUGUUCUAGAAUAGAUCACAUGGACAAGCAAUUAACUGGCAAAGAUAAAUAUUAAAUAAAUAAAGGUAGUAAUUAUGUGCAGCUUAGUAACAAAUAAGAGAUGUAAUCUAAAAGGCAACAAAUUGCAUCAGUCUUAGUGUUACAGCAACAGUAAUCCCAGCAAGGAACUGCAUAACUCCCCAUCAUCGCUCAAGAUCAAGCCCUUGACGCUAAAGUCCCUGAUUGGCAAAUUUCAGAAACUCCAUCAUUUUGGUGACUUCCUCAAAGGUUAAUUCUUGGACAUGCCACUGAAUUCCUUGAGUCAGCCAAACUUUAAGAUAGUCUUUAUCCAUCCUGAAGGCAUGAAUGCAGUUAUGAAUAUCUGAAUGUAUUUUUCAAAGAGAAACAUUUAUGUUUUAUCUGUCAAAAGUUGUUCCUAUUUCUGCAUUGUAGCAUGGGAGCAAGGUAUUUGAACACAAUUGUUGCAGAUACACAUGGUUGGUUGUGCUGUCCUCUAAUGCAGCACACAAAACCCUUUAUACAAAAUGGGGAAGAAAAUCCCAGUUGUGCUGAGGUGAGGAGCAUAUAUACACUUCCUUGGAGCAUAGCUUCACCCCUAGAGGCAGGAAAUUUUACCAUAAAACUUAAAAGUACAUUCUGUAAAAAAAGCAGAAGAUUUGUUGAAGUCUGCAAUCAUGACUAGGUGCAUCCAAACCUGCCAGGUGGCUUCAAAAGCUCAUGUUCAUUGUCAGCAGUGAAGCCUGAACAGUGCUACUAUAAAAAGUGGACAUCAAAAUAAAGCCAACCAAGAAGAGUCAAGGAGGCAGCUACAAGGAAGGAUAUUCAGCAUGUAGCCAGACCAAGACCCCUUCAUCAGCAGAGGGUCUCUAUGAGAUCUUUGCAACCCCUAAAUAUCAAUAAGCCCUACUCUCAUCCCUUAGUUUUGCCUCCCUGACUCUCAUCUCUAUGAUAAAGCCAGUUUAGGCUGUGCCAGCACCAGCAGAGGGAGAGGUACCCACUGGCACACACCACCUCCAGCAAGGGAGGUAAAUGCACUGUACUGCUGCCAUCUGCUCAUUCCAAGCUGACCUGCCCUGGGAAAGUUUAGUGUCUCUGUCCUGUCAACUGUGCAAUC